AUGUUCUUGUUCACAGAUCACACCAUCCAGUCUGUUUUCUGCUGCUGCUGCUGCUGCACAGUGCAAAAAAGAGCAAUGAGAACGAAAAUGAACCUGGAGCCUGAUACUGGUCUGGUGACCCAGUACUCAGCCUCUCAACCAGACGUUUCCUAUGCGUCUGCUUGGAAGUGCAGGCAUAAGAGGAAAUUGCAGUUAAAGAACAAGCCAUUACCUCCUCUACCUGCUGAGGCCUUGGAAGACUACACAAAAAAACCCAGAGUUAUUGCACUCUAUGACUUUUUUGCUAGAGGACCCUCAGAUUUACCGCUCAGGAAGUCAGAAGAAUACAUUAUCCUCGAACAGUGUGAUCCCCACUGGUGGAAGGCAAGAGACCAACAUGGGAAUGAAGGUCUAAUUCCCAGCAACUAUGUUACUGAGAACAAGAAAAAUAAUUUAGAAAUGUAUGAGUGGUACUGCAAAAACAUAAACAGAAGCCAGGCAGAACUUCUCUUGCGCCAGAAGUCCAAAGAAGGUGCAUUUGUUGUCAGAGAUUCAAGCCAACAGGGACUUCUUACACUGUCCAUGUAUUCGCAGGCUAAAGGAUGUCAUAGUGGAGAUAUUCGACAUUAUCAAAUUAAGCAAAACCACUUGGGACAAUAUUAUGUAGCAGAAAAAUAUCUCUUUUCAUCUGUUCCUGAACUCAUCGAGUAUCAUCAACACAAUGCUGCAGGUCUCAUCACUCGUCUCCGACAUCCAGUUGGAUCAGCCGGAUAUUCUUCACCAGCAACAGCAGGAUUUAGUUAUGAGCAAUGGGAAUUAAACCCAUCUGAACUAACAUUCAUGAAAGAACUUGGGCGCGGGCAGUUUGGAGUCGUUCAGCUGGGUAAAUGGAAAGCAGCCAUCAAGGUUGCCAUCAAAACAAUCAAUGAAGGUGCAAUGUCUGAAGAUGAUUUCAUCGAGGAGGCCAAAGUGAUGAUGAAACUCUCCCACCCGAAGCUGGUCCAGCUUUAUGGAGUGUGCACACACCACAAGCCUCUCUACGUUGUGACUGAAUUCAUGGAAAACGGCUGCCUGCUCAAUUACCUUCGGCAAAGGCGAGGGAAACUCGGCAGAGAUGUGCUGCUGAGCAUGUGCCAGGAUGUGUGCGAAGGGAUGGAAUACCUGGAAAGAAAUAGCUUUAUUCACCGUGAUUUAGCUGCAAGAAACUGUUUAGUCAACACUGAGCACAUCGUUAAAGUAUCCGACUUUGGCAUGGCGAGGUAUGUCAUUGAUGACGAAUAUAUCAGCUCUUCAGGUGCCAAGUUUCCAGUCAAAUGGUCAUCUCCUGAAGUCUUUCAUUUCAAAAAAUACAGCAGCAAAUCGGAUGUCUGGUCAUUUGGUGUACUGAUGUGGGAAGUUUUCACAGAAGGCAAAAUGCCUUUCGAAAGUAAGUCAAAUUCUGAAGUUGUCCGUGAGAUUUCUCAGGGUAACCGACUUUAUCGACCACAUUUGGCAUCACAUACUGUGUACAAAGUCAUGUACAGCUGCUGGCACGAGAAACCUGAAGGACGUCCUACUUUUGCAGAAUUAAUAGAAACCCUCACAGAUAUAACAGAGAUGGGCUAA